UAUAAUUUUUUGCAUGUUAUAUACAUCGACAGCACAACUUUACGUUUUUAAAUGCUAUUGUCACAUAAAAAUAAGUUUACCCUUGAAGAUUACAACUCUGGAGAACACACACGCAGAAUUGGCCGAUGGACCACAUUGGCGCCAUCCGAAUCUUUACUACGCUGAUUUGGGUACUGGAAACUUAUUCAGACGUGACACAACCACAAAUCAAACGUUCAAAUGUAAAAUUAAUAAAGAGAAUCGUGCUUCAUUUAUAAUUCCAUAUCGAAACUCAAAUGAUUUAUUCGUAGUCGGUCUCAACAAAAAAGUGGCACAGAUAAAAUGGGAUGGACGUAGUUCCCAAUGUUGCAUCGUCAAAGUGUUGUUCCAGAUAAAAUCUGAUGAUGCACAUGCCUUCAUUAAUGAUGGGAAAUGUGCUGCUAAUGGUGCACUUUUUACCGGAAGUGCGAGUUGUAAUUUUACUCAAUUUGAUGAAAAAUUAUAUAAAUACAGAAGCGGUUUUCCAGAAAUAAUUAAAAAAAAUAUUAGCUAUUCAAAUGGUUUAGUAUGGAACAAUAGGCGGAACGAAUUAUAUCAAGUGGACAGUAAAGAAAAUACUAUAAUGCAAUACACUUUUGAUCAGAAAAACGAUCUGUUAGGUAAACCAAAAGUUGUAUUCAAAUUCAAUAACACCGUGGAAUCCUGUGAGAGUUCAGAUUUAGUGGUCAUGGACGGCAUGACAACAGAUAGUAAAGGACAUCUCUAUGUUGCUAUAUUUGGUGGUAAGAAAGUUAUAAAAAUUUGUUCUCGGAAAUGGCGAAUAAUGAAAACUUAUGAGAUGCCAUGCGUUGCUGUAACUUCAGUUUCUUUUGGAGGACCUAAUAUGGAUAUUCUCUAUGUAACAUCAGCCGCAAAUUUGUUUGGCAUUAGGAGUUUUCCCAAACCAUGUGGUUCUGUGUUCAGUGUUCAUAAUAUUGGCGCAAAAGGGUUAAAGGCCGAUGAGUUUUCUUAUGCAUAAUAAGGAAUCCUAUAGAAUAAUUAAGCUUGAUUUAAACAGUUCAAAGGAAGUGUAAAUACAUCUUCAUGUACGAUUUAUAGAAAGAAAGUAUCGGACUAUGUUUGAUAUAAGUUAAUAAAGACAAAAAGUA